AUGUUAUUUCACAACUAUGAGAUUCUGUCUUGCAGUCGGCAGAUUGGUACCGAGUCCUAUAACAAGUAUGUGCAGCAAUUUCUCCAAUGGGAAAAAGAAGUUUUCGAAAAAAAAGCUAAAGUUGUUGCACUCGCUCAGUCGGAAGCGGCCAUGGCAGGGCCGGCUAACGUCGAUUCGAUUCUAGGGCAAUUGUUAGAUGACGUUCUUCCUAUGGAGUUUCUAAUGGCUCUUGUGACUGUUCACAUGAAAGACAACACAUUUCUACCUUGUGUAAUAGAGAACUUUAGAAAGGCACAGACUGGCGAGUUGGAUCAAUCGAAACUUCUAGCUUCUGCGUCUCAAUACCAUCCUUCCGUUGAGAAUGAGCAGGAAAGAAGACUGGGAGGUUCAGAAGUUGGGGGACUCAAACAGCACAGUUCUAUCCAUCCUGUUGGCACCGCAGCUCAUGCAGGUUUGGCACUACACGCUGCGCCUAACAACGCCGUUACAUGGGUCACGACUACUGCUCCGGCCGGUCCUAAAUACAGGCCGCCAUCACCUGUUCGUGAUUACAAGAAUCCCGUAGCGAGCAUGCCAUUUCGAGAUUUCAGUCAAUGA